UAGUCGGAACAUUUAAAUGUCAAAAUGUUGAAUUUUUUGUGUAAAUUUAGUGUAAUCAAGUUAUGAUACCUAUCAUAAAUAAUAAAAAAUCGACGUGACAUAGUAUUUAUUAUUUUUAUGAGUUAAUUAUAUAAAAAUUGAGAAGAAAACUCAACAGCCAAUUUGAUGAAUCAAAUUACCAUAUUGUGCGUGACCAACUAAUGAGGUUAUUUUGAACUAACGAUCAAAUACGUUCAAAUCUACAGAAUUCAACAGAAAAGAUAAAAAGUCAAGCAAUAUUUUAAUUUAAGAGAUUUUACCAUCCAGAAGCAUUUUACAUCAAUUCUUAUUUUCAAUUACAAUUAAAAUGCAUGGUCGUGUGAAAGUUCGUUCAACAGCUGAACAAGAAGCUCGAAAAAGAAAAGAAAGGCAAAUCAAAAUUAUACAAUACAGGAAGACAUUAAAUUCAAUUUUUGAAAAGAGAGAUAAUAAUGUUUUCAACGAUGAAUUGAUAAUGUUGACUGAGCGCAUAUUACUGGAAAUUCCGGAUUUAAAUACCGUAUGGAAUAUUCGCCGAGAAGCAUUUAAGAAGAGAGAAAGUUGUCAAGAGGAAUUUACUGAACUAUUAAAGAAGGAAUUGACUCUCACUGAGAAUUGUCUACAGAAAAAUCCAAAGUCAUAUAGCCUGUGGCAUCAAAGAUAUUGGAUCAUUCAGCAUUUACCGACACCAGACUGGAAAUCAGAACUAGAACUAUGUGAAAAAUGUCUCAAUUUCGAUGAUAGAAAUUUUCAUUGUUGGGAUUACAGACAGCAGUUGGUUAAAAAAGCGGGAGUAUCAAAUCAAAAAGAAUUUGAUUUUUCUGAGAUAAAAAUUAUGAACAAUCUCUCAAACUAUUCUUCUUGGCAUUAUAGAAGUAAAAUUCUACCUGCUCUGUUUCCUGAUCAAACAGGAAAGUUACCAAUUUGCAGUGAAAGAUGUAAUAAAGAAUUAGAUCUUGUUAUAAAUGCCGUAUUUACGGAUCCUAAUGAUUCAAGUGCAUGGCUUUAUCAGCGUUGGCUUCUGGAUUAUAACGCUUUUAAACCAAAUACCUUAUGGCAAAUAGUAGUCAUAGAUAAUCAUGCAGCAAUAGUAUUUCAUGGUGAUACUCAAAUUAAACCUGACGAAUUGAUAUUAACUCGUCGAUAUGUUCCAUUAGAUAACGACAUGAAAGAUUUUACUCAUCAAAUAUCUGUUUGGCAUUCAUACGACAGUAAAAUAUUCUCGAAACGAUGGCAUGCGAUUUUGCCAGAUAUUUCUUCUGAAAUAGAUAAGAAAUUUUAUUCGAUAUCUAUUGAGUAUAAAAAUAAAUCUUAUAAUCUUCAUACAUCUGAAGAUUGUAAUGUUUGGUUUUAUAAAUCACCCAUCGAAUACGUCAACAAACAUGAUACUCAACUAACUGAACAAAUGAUAAAUAUUCAAAAAUUACUCGAAAUGGAGCCAAACAAUAAGUGGGCAUUAUUGACUCUUAUAUUUCUUAUGAAAAAUCUGGAUUUGAACAAAUAUUAUGAUGACAUCUUAAAAAAUUUAAGCAUUCUGUCCAAAAUUGAUAAAAUUCAUGAAAUGUCCUAUACUGAUAUCCGAAGCAAGUACAUUCUAGAUUAUAAACUUCAUUCAUAUUUAACAAAAGAAAAUUACAAACGAUUCACGAUGAUAGAUUUGUCCAACAUUCAACUGACAGUUUUGUACAAUGAACAUUAUUUGAGUUUUUUCGAGCAGGUAAAUCUCUCUGGAAAUCAAUUGAAUUUUUCAUUACACCGAUUAGCUGCUUUACAAAACUGUAAGAAGUUAUCCUUAUGUAAUAAUAAUCUAAAAAAUCUAAAGAACUUUCCAUAUUUGCCUAACCUCGAAUGCCUUUCACUACGAAAAAAUGAACUGACAGAUAUUGAAGAAAUUUUGAAUUUACUAAAACUGCACAAGCUCAUUAAACUAGAUAUUCGUAGUAAUCCUAUCUGGACUAACAAAAGUAAAACCAUUUCAAAAAUUUUCAAUGUCACUCCAAGUUUAAUAUUAGAAUCUGAUAAAUAACGCCCAAUUUUUUUUUUUUCAAAUAUCUUCAUAAAUAAAAGUUUAUACUGAGUAAACUUAUAAGAAAGUAAUUUACAACAAGUUUUAUGUUGUGAAAAUUCCUAAAACAAUCAAUUUUCUUAUAAAAAUUAUACUUCUAAGUGUGUGUAAAUACAAUUCAAUUGUAAAAUAUUGUUAACAGAAAAUAAAAAAUUGAAUUUUCUGUAAAAGUCUUUUUACUUACAUUCUUGAUAAAAUAUCAUGAAACAAUUCGUAAAUUUCUGAAUAAUAAUGGUGGUGUUAAUAUUUACUUAUAAUUACGAUA